UUUGGCCAUUAUAUAGAGGAUAUUCCACAAAAUGAUAGAAAGGAACUAGUUUUUUUUCUUGACAAUUACCAUCCAUCCAUAAACUGGCGAUCUCUGAUACAUUUUUUUUCUCAAGGAUGGUACCAGAACUAUCAAAUAGAAGGAUUUGGUAUAAAUUUUUUUGAGCCAGGAGGCAGUCCUACAAAUGCAUUACUAAAUGACCUGUCAAUUUUUUUUGYUACUAUACAGCAACUUGUUGUGUGGUUGUCUCAGUUAACACGUCAAGCACAGUUUCCCAGGCUACAGUUAUUGAUAUCAAAGCUUCAGGGAAGAGAACCUCUGACUAUAACAAGACAGCCAGAUGAACUUUACAGACAUCCUGCAGGAAGUUCUGUGUACAUUAAAUGUGAAACGUAUCCCUGUACUGGAGUUCACUAUCAGUGGUUUAAAAGAAAGGAACUGCUACAAGGCAAAACAAAGCCUUUUCUUCAUCUGCAGAACAUCACAGAGGAUGAUGCAAGUUUUUAUACCUGUCGAGUUUCUAUUGAUAGGCAAAACUGCCUAUUUACGAACUGGGCUAAACUUGAGAUUUUAGAAUCAAUGCCUGAAAUGGGUCAGUACGUAGUUUUCUUGUUUCUCUAUUUUGCCUCAAAGUUGUGUGUAAUAACAACUCAACCUUGCUGUCCUGAACAACCUGUACUGGGAGGGAUACUAUACCUCUAUUGUGAUGCUGUUGGUGAUCCAGCGCCUACGUUCCAGUGGUACAAGGACAGCAAACUAAUACCAGAUGCAACCACCAGAGAAUACUUUUUUUCMAACUUGUGUCAUGAUGAUGAAGGUGUCUACCAAUGUGUUGCUUCUUUUUUUGCAGGACAAGCCUUUUCUGAUCGUACUGUUGUAAAAGUUUGCAAGGAGAGACAGACAAACAGUCACAGGCAACCUGCAGGUCUCCAUGGUAGAAAUCCAGGGCCUGAUAACAAUCCUUUUUUUUCACCAAGAAGAGUUUCAGAUAAAGUAGCAUUACUGAUUGGUAACAAGGAGUAUAAGUUUUUUUAACUGGGUCCAUUGUAUCAUCCAACUAAUGAUGUUUGCGAUCUAGCUUUUUUUUUGACAAGCAUUGGCUUCAAGGUUGUGUCUCUUGUCAAUCUCACAUUAUCAGAGAUGAAGUUUGCAGUUUUUUUUUUUUAUGAGAUGUUAGAUGCAGAUAUGUAUGCUUUGUUUUAUUUUGUUUUUUUUGGUUUUGAAGUAGACAAUCAGAGCUAUCUAAUGCCUGUAGAUGCUUCUCCAAAAUACUUACCACUGGAAAACUUGAGUGCAUCAGAAGUUAUUAGCUGUUUUUUUAGCUCACAGGCCUAUUUGAAUAUUGUCCUCUUGGAUAGUUGUCGAAUUUUUUUAGAUACUUUGAAUAUCACAUUCAAUGAUAAGCUAGAAGGAGAAAUGCCACAAAGAAAUAUUGUCCUGAAUAAUCCUAGUGAAGGUUUUGUGGUGAAAAAGAAAAAUGUCAUGAUUGUUUUCCCAUGCUGUUCAAAGAAUUCCGUAUUUGAAUCAGAAAGCCAUAUUUUUUUAUAUUUUGCGUACUACCUUUUAAAACAUAUCGGUGAUGAUGUGAAUGUAUCUGAGGUCAUGCUCCGAGUUAGUGCAGGUAUUGACAAAGAAGACAUCAGAGACCCAAAUACAGAGCAGAAACAGAUUGUUUUUUUAAACUCAACAAUAGCAGAACCUUUAUCAUUAAAAGCACAAACUGAUCAAAAUGCACCAACACGAAGCUCUGGACUCUGGAAAGCUGCACAUGAAAUUCCACAGAAUCCUGUUGUUUUUUUUAAAGAAGGAGAUUGCAUUYUAGAGCUACUUUUCUUUGCUGAGUUUUCCAAUGUUCUACUCAUCCAUGCAAGACUCAAUGGYGACAACAGUCAACAUUCCUUUUUUUURGAGCCUGAUAUUCAGAAUAACAGAACUGUUGAACGAAGUGGUUUUUUUUAUGAAAGAAUCAAUGAAAAAGAUCCAACAGUCCCUCGCAACUUUCCUUUGGCCAACUGCCUUAUCCAGGCAAUCAGAAUUAAAGAUCUACAACUGGCGUUAAUAGUAACGCAACAGAUGUAA